UGUAUUCACUUAUUCACAAAUAUAUAUAUAUAUAUAUAUAUAUAUAGUCAGAUUGCUGGAAUCGGAUUCCUUUCUUCAUAACUGCUGAAUCUUUCAUCAAUCUUAAGCAUCACGAGAGGGCACGCAUCUGUGCGAAGUGGAGGAAGAAUCAUGCUUUACAUCAGAUUCCAAAAACGAAGAAGCAAUGCAAAGCAGCCACUAAAACGAUAACAAGGAUAUAUUCAUUAGGUUAACGUCCGUCCUUUGAGCAGGAAAUGAAUAAAUUCUAUAAAAUCACACAGUCCCGAAGCCAGCGCAAUAAUUAAAUUAACAGAUCAGAGCUUUGCUCAUUAUCUGGGAGCCAAGACAUCAUGAGCAGUGGCGCUAAUAAUAACACACCAUUUUGGCCGACUUGGCGAUCUGGACAUGACUAUGGUGCCUAUGCUCCUACCAACAGCAAUGAUCCAAACCGCAUCGAGCCUAUUUUUCGUCAUUCCGUUCCCUUCCAAGCCACUGCAGAUGCCAGUCGAGGUUCAAGGGACCCUUGGCAGAUGCCAGAGGAGAGAGUGAUAGCACGACCUUUCAGCUUUUCAGGUUUCCCAGAUCUUCCACGUACUCGUACUCCAGUUCAAAUUGUAUGGCUUGACAAUGUCCCAGCAAGGGCGGCCAAUCCCAGGUUCUCAGGACCCCUUCAAAGGUUCACAGUCCAGCAAGUACAGCUCCCAGCUGCCCCUGCCCAACAAGAACAUUCCAGAUCGACUCAAGACGAGCAAAGCAAUGUUUUAGGUAAGCUGAAGAAGGAAAUUUACAAUCCUAUCCCCAAGCAGAUGACACGGAGGUUAAGCAUGUACUACCGGGAUCAAAACAGAAGCAACUUGUAUAAUGAGAAGGAAAGAGAGAAAGACGAGGAUGGGAAGAGGUGUGCAAUUUGCUUGGAAGAUUUUGAGCCUAGAGAGCAAGUCAUGCUCACUCCUUGUGACCAUAUGUUCCAUGAGGAAUGUAUCGUCCCAUGGGUGAAGAGUCAUGGCCAAUGUCCAGUGUGCAGAUUUGUGCUUAGCGAGCGCAUUAGACAGAAUGCAUCUUCUAUAAGCAAUAACAACGCCUCAAAUGUAGCUGCAACUGACCUAUUUGCAGGAGAGUUGAUCUCGAUUAUAAGAGCAAUGGAGGAGGCUUUCUUAUGGGGCGAUUCCCGUUGAUUUAUGUAUGUUUUUCUAUGAUGGAUAAUUUCUAUGUUGAUUUAUAUACAUAUAUAUAUAUAUAUAUAUUUUGAAUAAACAAUUUUGGAUACACUCA